GACCCAGCAGAUAUUUCGGCGCGGGCACAAGAAGCAACACUGGAGCGGUUGGCACUGCAAAAUUAUCAAGGCUUCGAGGCUUCUGUACUAAAAUAUUUGGUUCUACACUCUUACUGCGAAACAAGAUGGCCCUCUUGCCGGCAAGAUCAGCGAUCUCGUCAAGCUUUGCUCGUAGAGCCUUUGCAUCCACCUCUCGCUCAUGCGAUGCUCGCCGCACCAGAGUAGGCUCUUCGACUAAGCAACCGCAACUGAAGGCCAGAGAGAUACUGGACACUCUUGCUGCCGACGCCACGCUCUUGUCCACAUCAAGAGCACCGACCAGCUUGAAGUCCGAAAAACCAGCCCGAGUCAAGUUUGAGGUUGCAGAAGGCCAGAGCAAUGACCGAAGGGCAUAUUUUGUCAAUGAUGUAGAUGCUGAGGUAGGGUUGGAUUGGGGGUCUAUUGAAGGAGACGGGAGUAGUGCUGGAUUAGAGAUUGGACGCGUAGUAGAAUGCCGAAGAUCCGGUCAGGUCUCCUUGGGCUUAAUCCUGGCCUCCAUCCUUAUAGGCGAACGCCCUCGUUUUCUCCUCCUUCGAUCGUCUGGUGAAAUCUGGCCAGUGUCAGCCCACGACGUGCAGUUCAUUAUGCCCAUAUCUCUCAUGCCUCCAUCACUUACAGAGGCUUGUUGGUCACCUGAACUACUUCAAGCUUGGGCCCAAUCGGAAAGCAGCUCCGGUUUGGCAAGUGAGACAACGUCCACCACUCCAGAGAUGAUGGAGGCAAGGAGAAAGGUUGCAUUGAUGCUCAGGAGGGUGCAAAGGGAAACUGAGAGGAUGUGCGGCAAACUUCGAGGAGGGACGUUUGACAAAGGUCUCAUUGGCGGCGCGGAAGGUGUAUGGGAGAAAUGGGCGUCGGAAAACGACAGCGAGCGGACGACCAUCACCGCUGUAGAGGCCGCGGAGUACAUCCUCAACCCUUCAAGCGGAACAGAAUCCCAGUCUCCACCUAUUCAAAUAAAGCCAAAUACCUUACCUGCAUACGCUGCCCACGUUCUUCUUAUGGGACGUCCUGAUAUGUUUGUCAGCGACGAAGGAGAUAUGUGGGCUACUGGGACAUUUAUAGUUCGCAGCAAGGCCGAGAGACAACGAAUUGAGCGGGUUCAGCGAUGGGUUGAGGCACACAAGUCGAAUGGAGACGACGCUGAACCAUUGCGUUCAUUCGUGGACAGAGCUAAAGCUGUCAUUGCUUUAUCUGAAAAAAUCUACACAGAGACCGAAGGUGACCCUCUUAAACCAUAUACGAACGGUCUUCCCAGCUGGUCCUCAACGGACCUUGACAUGAUCUACACCCUCUUCGGUGCUGUCGCCGAAACUCGUUCCACCCAAACGUCGCCCUUCUUGUCUCUCGCCAUCGCCAUUGCAAGGUUGAUCACUCCCGAUCCGGAAGAAGUCGUCGACCGAGGAACAAUUACCAUUUUGUUACAGAAGAUGGGUAUGAUCCUUCCCUGGGACAGCUUGGAGACCUCUAGAGUGGCGGAAUCGAACAUGAAGGCUCUAGCCAAGGCUUCUACCAGCGGCGAUAUCAAGGGUGAAGGCGAAUUCCUCCAGGGCAAUGAAUUGGAUCAUCUAAGAAUAGAUUACUCUGACCAAAAAGUCUAUGUGAUUGAUGAUGCCACUGCAUCUGAAUUGGAUGAUGGCAUUGCUCUGGAGCGAAUAUUAAACUCGGAAGACGUUUGGGUCCAUGUACACGUGGCUGACCCCACGAGGUAUAUCCCUCCUGCCCAUCCUUUGGCAAAGCGAGCUUCUGUCAUGGGAUCUUCCCUAUAUUUGCCCGAAGGAAACUCCCCCUUGUUCCCAUCAGACGUGAUCAUGAGGGAACUAUCUCUGGGAGCCAGUGUGCAGAGAGAUGAAGGGAGACAAGGUGUAAUAACCUUUUCGGCCAGAGUAGGCAAGGAUGGCGAAGUUCAUGACACGAAGGUCAAUUUGGGAUGGAUCAAGAAGCCUCGGGUAGUCACCUAUUCCUCGGUCGACCGAGCUCUCGGACUUACUCCUGUGAAAUCAUAUCGUCCAUUUGGCGGUCCACAAAGUUUUGAUGAGCCUGUCAAAUCUGAGGUAAUCUCUUCAGAUAUUGAAGAUUUGCAGAAGCUUUAUGAACUAGCCAAGAAUAUCCGUGCCAAGCGCUAUGCCACUGCUGGAUUUGAUUGGACUUGGCCGUCUUCUUCAGUCCGGAUCCUCAAUCAACAAGCCCCACCUAACCCUGAUGUUUUUGCCCUUCCCAACAUACCCUCAUGUCCCCAACUUUUCUCUGGCUCUUUAUCAGUUGAUUACUGCGUCUCGUCUUCUCCCGCAACCCUCACAUCCGCGACGAUGGUCGCCGAAUUCAUGAUUUUGGCUGGUAGAUUGGCGGCGUCCUUCUGCUCAGAGCGCAACAUCCCCAUGAUAUACAGAGGCAGUACUGCCCCAAAACCUGUCGCCACGAACUCGACUCUAGAUCAAUGGCUUUCUCUUCGUAUACCUGGUAUGGGUAUCAUCGACCCUUAUGUGAUGGCGGAACCUGGGUGGUACCGUUCGUCAGCAUUUGUCAGUCUCAAACCCUCCGCACACUGGAUUAUGGGCUUUGAUGCCCCUGGCGGAGGUUAUGUGCGUGCAACCUCACCCCUGAGAAGAUUUGAUGAUAUGCUUGUGCAUUGGCAAAUCAAGGCUGCGCUUGCGAAAGACCGCGGUGAGACAGGGAAAUUGGCCAAAAGCCUUAAGAAGGAGGAAAUUGUGACCUUGGCGCAGAGAAGCGACGAAGGAUCAAAGCGGGCUAAGAGGGCAGGAGUCAACGCGGAACUAUUUUGGAAAACACAGGUGAUUAAUAAACAUUUCCAGUCGCCUAAUGGAUGGCCAGUCCCAGGGAGAUCCGUCAAGGAGGAAGAGGGGCUCGUUGACGUCAGGGGUGAGAUGAUCGCAAGAAUUGCUGGCGUGUCUGAAAGUUCAGUUUUUGGAGAAUGGACAACAGUAGCGGUUGAGAGUUUAGGUAUCCAUGUUGCGAAAAUGGAGCAUCCUGCUGGGAAAUUUUGGAAGAUGGGGGAAGAAGUCCGAGUUAGGCUGAAGCGGUCGGAGGGGUGGCCCAAUCCUCGUAUUACUUUGACGUUAGCAGAAUAGCAGGCGGAUCAAGACUGAUUCUAUGAUCGCAUCACAUCUCAUACUUCAUCACUAUGUAUAGCAUUC